UUAAAGGACCAAAGUCCUUAUUUCCUCUGAGACGCUGAAGACUGAUAAACGGCUGAACAGGAGUCGCUCUGAGAUGUUUGCGGUCCUGUUCGUCUGUGGGAUCCUGUUGGCUCCGGCUCAGGGUUUGUCUGAACCGCGGAUCAGACUGAGCUCUGGCGCUCCGGCCGGUUCGGAUGUGAUUCUCAGGUCCGGUUCGCUUCUUCAUUUGAUCUGUGAGGGCGACGGCCCGGUGACGUGGCAUCCCCGACUGGCCAAAUUCAAGCGUUACAUCUCCAAAGAUGUCGGAAACAUCCGGAGUUUCCGUGUGGAUAAAGCCACGCCGGAUGUUACAGGAACAUACAAGUGCAAUUAUACGAACGGAAAUUACUCAAACGUGUCGUCUUCUGUUCAUGUGUUUGUCAGGGAUCUUCGAGUUCUCUUCGUGUCACCGGGUUUCACUCAGCCACUUGUGCGGAAAGAAGGUGAAGAUCUGUUGCUCCCGUGUCUUCUGACCGACCCCGCCGCCACGGACUUUACGUUGCGCAUGGAGAACGGCUCAGCGAUACCUUACGGCAUGAACGUGACCUUUGACCCCAGGAAAGGUGUCCUGAUUCGCAACGUUCAGCCUGGAUUCACCGCCGACUACAUUUGCAGCGCUAAAAUUGGAGGAGUUGAGAAAGUGUCAAAGAUAUUCCAAAUAAACAUCAGGCAAAGGUUACAUUUUCCACCGUACGUGUUCCUGAGGAGAAACGAGUAUGUGAAACUGGUGGGAGAGAGCUUGCAGAUCAUUUGCACCACAAAUAACCCAGACUUUUACUACAACGUCACAUGGACACACUCCACUAAAAAGCUGCCUCGAGCAGAAGAGAAAUCAAAGAUGCAGGGGGAUCGUUUGGCCAUCGAGAGCAUCCUUAAGAUACCGGCUGUUCAGCUGUCUGAUUCCGGCAACAUCACGUGUACGGGCCAGAACGAGGCCGGCGCCAACAGCUCCACCACACAACUGCUGGUCGUGGACGAGCCGUACAUUCGUCUCUCCCCGAAGCUCUCUUCUAAACUCACUCACCGCGGCCUGUCCAUCGAGGUCAGCGAAGGGGACGAUGUGGAUCUUUCUGUUUUGAUCGAAGCGUAUCCUCCUCUGACCUCACACCAGUGGGAGACUCCAACAUCCCACAAUGCCUCACUUCCAGAGAACAGGUUUUACAACUACAACGACAGGUACGAGGCGCUGCUGUUCCUCAGGAGACUGAACUUCCAGGAGAUCGGCAGCUACACACUCCAUGUGAACAGCAGCAUGAAAAGUGCCUCCAUUACUUUUGAUAUCAAAAUGUACAAGAAACCUGUCGCGACGGUGAGAUGGGAGAAUGUCACAACUCUGACAUGCAGAUCUUAUGGAUAUCCAGCUCCCAGCAUCCUCUGGUACCAGUGCGCAGGAAGCAGAACCACUUGUCCAGAGAACACCACAGAGCUUCAGCCGAUCCAGACUCAGACGGUGGAGGUCCAGAAGGAGCCGUACGGGUCGGUGGGAGUGGAGAGUGUGCUGACCGUGGGCCCGAACCGCAGGAUGACAGUGGUGUGUGUGGCCUUUAAUCUGGCCGGUCAGGGCAGUGACGUCUUCUCCAUGGACGGCUCUGAUCAGCUGUUCACCAGUGCGAUGUACGGAUGUGGGGUGUCCAUGCUGGUCCUGGCGCUGCUGCUCGCCCUCAUGGUCUACAAGUACAGACAGAAACCCAGAUUUGAGAUCCGCUGGAAAAUCAUUGAAGCCACAAAUGGAAACAACUACACCUUCAUAGACCCGACACAACUUCCAUACAACGAGAAAUGGGAGUUUCCUCGAGACAAAUUAAAACUAGGGAAGACUCUGGGCGCAGGAGCGUUUGGGAAGGUGGUGGAGGCCACGGCAUACGGCCUGGGGAAGGAUGACAACGUCACGCGUGUUGCUGUGAAAAUGCUGAAAGCCAGCGCUCAUCGAGACGAGCGGGAGGCUCUGAUGUCAGAGCUGAAGAUCCUCAGUCAUCUGGGACAGCACAAGUACAUCGUGAACCUGCUGGGCGCCUGCACAUACGGGGGUCCUGUGCUGGUGAUCACGGAGUACUGCUGUCAUGGGGAUCUUCUGAACUUCCUGCGUAGCAAAGCCGAGAACUUCCUGAACUUCGUCAUGACGAUUCCCAACUUUCCUGAGCCAACGAUGGAUUAUAAGAAUGUGAACACUGAACGAAUGUUCAUCAGAAGUGACAGUGGGAUUUCCAGCACAUGCUCUGAUAACUAUCUGGACAUGAAACCGGUCACAUCCAGACCCACAAACUCAGUUCUGGGUUCUUCUUUUGAGAUUCAGGCUGAAGAUUCGUGGCCAGUCGACAUGGACGACUUACUCAGAUUCUCCUAUCAGGUGGCGCAGGGACUCGACUUCCUCACGGCUAAGAAUUGCAUUCACAGAGAUGUGGCGGCCAGAAACGUUCUCCUCACCAACAGCCGAGUGGCCAAGAUCUGUGAUUUCGGACUGGCACGAGACAUCAUGAACGACUCCAACUACGUGGUCAAAGGAAACGCCCGUCUUCCAGUGAAGUGGAUGGCUCCAGAGAGUAUUUUCGAGUGUGUUUAUACGGUUCAGAGUGACGUCUGGUCUUACGGUAUCCUGCUGUGGGAGAUUUUUUCACUGGGGAAGAGCCCAUAUCCCAACGUCCUGGUAGACUCCAAGUUCUAUAAAAUGAUCAAGUGUGGCUAUCAGAUGUCUAGACCUGACUUUGCACCUCCAGAGAUGUACACCAUCAUGAAGAUGUGCUGGAACCUGGAGGCUUGCGAGAGGCCGACAUUCAGUAAGAUCAGUCAGCUGAUCGAGAGGAUGCUGGGAGACACACCUGAGGCGCAGGAGGCCGAGUACCAAAACGUGCAGUCUGAAGAGCACAGUGACCAAGAAGCAGAGUCAUGUGACCCUGUGAAGCACGAAGAGGAGUCAACUGAGACGACAUGUGACCCGGAAGAAGAAGAUCAGCCACUUAUGAAUGCCAACAACUACCAGUUCUGCUGAGGACAUGGACGAACUACUCUCUGUAAAUCAGACACACACACGUACGCAUCAUUCGUUCAUCUUAUCUGUGGAAGCUGGUUUCCGUCACAGAGUACAAAAUAGAUACUUCUCACAAUUCUGACUUUUCGUGAGUUAAGUGUGGGUUUAGAUCACACAAUUCUGACUUUUUCCUCAAGUUUAUAAGGUGAAAAGGUCAGAAUUGUGAUCUAAAAAGUCACAAUUAGCCUUUAUUUGUGUAUAUUCUGUGGCAAAAACAAGCUUCCUCAGUUCUCAAACACAGUCCCGGAGUGAUUUUACACGCUGUGAUUUCGUUGCUCUGCUUCAGCUAAGAUUAAGAGUGAACCGGUUUCACUUCUCUGCCAAGAGCUCGAGUGGAAAACUCCAAACCCCGGAUUUGUUUGACGUGCCUGUUUGGUAAACGUGUGUUUUUUUCGUUACUUGAACUUUUACGGCGCCAGGGUUGGAAAGCAGCGACUUCAGCGUUUUACACACAACGUUGCGUGUUUCACUUCCACUUCAUUCUUUAGCAAUCACUGAAAAACUCAGCAACAAAACAAACAAACAUGAUGUGCAUCUGCAUCACACACACCUCUCCGAAUGCCAUGCAGGACGGAACCUGUGGAGGUCAAAGGUCAGAUAUAUGAAAUCAUUCAUCCGCUUUAGUUACUCAAUUCUUGUAGGAAAACAGUGUUUUAUUGCUUCCCGCGGUGAUUACUGGGUUUGGAGUGAUAGCGCGAGGUCAGCGCAGGUUUGGAGGACAGAUUCACGUGAAAUAUUGACAUAGUGUUGCUGCAAUAUUGCAGAUAGCUGCGGGUCAAAGGUCAAAUGCAUUCUCAUUAACCCACGACCUUAAAAAGCUUGAGGAAAACAGAGACUGGCCGACCGCACAGAAACCAGUUUAGGAAGGAAAACUAACCACUUGCUUUCUCCUGUAA